AUGAAGCCCUCCACUGCACUGUCCUCGACCCUCUUUGCUGCUCUUGCAAAGGGUGCAGCACUCACCAAGAGGCAAAGCGUUGCGACCUGCUACGGAGACCAAGGUGAUAGUCUGAUUGCGCUCCUCGGCUGGACUGGUACUUCGACUGACCAAAUCGAGCCUGAUCCAUCUGGUGGUAUCUCUUUCUUUGACGACCAUCAUGCCUUGAACUGCGAGAUUGGCAUUGGUUGGAAUGACCCAAACAAUCGUCUCACCAUUACCACAUCUUCGCUUCUGCCUUAUAUCAACAUCAUCAAAGACAAAUGCAUCAUUCCCAGCCAGGCAGGUGGUUAUUCCGACAGCGUCGACGACAAUUGGACUGUGCGAAUUACAAACGAUCCUCAGUACAACCCUCCAUCCAAGCAACGACGACAAGCCGAAGGCGACUCUUUCAAUCUCGAGGUCUUGAGCCACGCUAUCGAACGCCCCGGCUUCCGCCAGAAGGUCGGUCCCAGCCUCCCCAGCGGCAGCUCUUACACUGUCACCACUGGCGAAGCAAACACUGUAUCUGUUGGCGCAUCGUUCGAGAUCAGCGGUGGGUUCUUCGAGAUCUUUGAGGCUGGUGCGAGUACUAGCUUCGAAACUAGUCACACCGUUGAGAACUCCCAGUCUACUCAGAUCAAUGUUGACUGCGGUCCCGGAAAGAACGGGCAGAUUUACUGGGUGCCCAAGUGGGAUCACUACGAGGGAACUUUUGUGCCUAGCAACACGGCUGGUGAUGUUUGGAACCCGCUUGAUGACAGCGCUGGUGAUUACAUGAUUGAGUGCCAGGGUUAG